AUGCUUGUGCCAUUUGGUAUCAACUUCAAUGGUCUCUGUCACCUCGUUUUGAAUACGAUCCACAAUCGAAUUGAUCUUCUUCACAGCUGCUCUGAUCGACUCCUUGGUACCAGUAAUCUCGAACUCGGCCGUCUCGUCGUUGCUUUUUUCUCUCAAACGCUUGAUGUCGGCACCAGUCUCGAUAGACAGGUCUUUCACCUGUUCGCCAGACUUUCCAAUCAACCGUGGCAGAAUACUGUUUGGAAUCUUCAAGGUCUCACGGAAACCAUUGUCCUUUUCGUAUUGCCAAAGCUCCCGCAAUUCUUCCUCAGCUUUGGAGACACCCUUCGAAGGACCUGUAAUGACAACCUCGUCCUGGUGACCCGUGGCAUUCUCGAAUGGGAACUUGAUGUUGACGUUGUACUUCUUGUUGAGUCUGUGGACGUAAACUCCAGAAGGUCCGAUGAGUUUACGGUGGUAUUUCUUCUCAAUCUUCAAAACAACAGUCUUUUCGUCCACCCAUUUCUUUGCAAGCUGGCUCAGUUUCUUUUCACACUCGUCGACAUUGCUCUUCAAUCCUGUCAGCUUGACUUGAGUCUUAUCGCCAACAGCGGCAUCUUCACCUUUGAAGACGUCGAUCUUGAUAUUGAACUGGUCUUGCAAGCCUUGAAGAUGUCCUCCCUUUUGACCAAUAAGUCUAGAGAGUUGGCUGGUUGGGAACUCAAUUGUGUGGUUGUACUUGGAGGCAGUCUCGUAGUUCUUGAUUUCGUCAAUUGCUUGUUUCAACUCGUCAACAACCUUGGAGAUCUCGUUCUUGUAGCCAACAACAAGGAGCUCAUCAGCACUGGAUUCCUCACUGUUCUGGUGAAGUUUGAUAUUAAUGGAGGACCCAUAUUUUGA